AUGCCGUCCUUCUUCCCUUCUACCUCCAUCUUCCCUCCCACUCCACCCCACAUCGUCGGUAACCGCUUGGAAGCUGAGACGCCGUUUUAUCAGCAUAACAACCCUGCGUAUAGCCUGAGAUAUCCUCAAACAGGCUAUGAUUUCAUCGGAAAGUUCUCUCAGGCUGCCAACUUUUCGGAUCAUAGCUCCAUGAACGCCCAUUCGCAGCAGUUGCAAGGAGGUCGGGAUAUGGGUUCCGCUCAAACGAUGGUAAAUCACCAGGUCCAACAGCAUACCAUGUAUGGCACCUUGAAUCCUCCAAUUUUGCCACCCAUUCGUUCAAGCACGAAACUUCCACCGAUGGAUAGCGCGAUUCCUCCUCAGUAUCAACAGCAAGAGACAGGGAUCCAACAGGACUCACAGCCUAAAGAGGAGAAGCCUACGGGAGGUGUCGCGGCCCACUUGGACUAUGAAAUGGAUGAGAUGUCUGAUUUCGUGGCGGAAAUGGCCCAUGGAAUGUAUGCUUUGUAUAUCUCCAAGAUUGUACUUGCAGAUAUUGACUUCGCUCGAAGCGUGUACCCAGGAACAGCAGUCCCUUCGCAAUUCCGAAAAUAUGUCUCUCAAAUUCUCUCCUCAACUCGGCUUCCUAGGUCCACCAUUCUAUUAGGCCUCUACUACUUGGCGUGUAGGAUGCGAAUACUUUCAGCGGCUGAAAUGUACAAGUCUGGAAAUUCUGAAAUCUACCGCAUGCUCACCACCGCUCUACUGCUUGGUAGCAAGUUUCUCGACGAUAAUACGUUUCAAAAUCGCUCAUGGGCUGAAGUUAGCAAUAUACCGGUAGCUGAUUUGAAUUCGAUGGAGUUGGAAUGGCUGUUUGGGUUUGAAUGGAAGAUCCAUACCCGCAUCCACAACAAACAAGAAGGUUUCAAGUCAUGGAAAGCACAUUGGGAUACUUGGCGCGCAAAGAAUGAAGCUAAAAUCAACGAGUCACGAAUUACACUGGCUCCUAUUGACACAAACAUCCAAAAGCAGCACGCUGCUCAACACAAAGCCCUUCUUUCCCCCGAUGGGCCAAUCCCCCCACAAUAUCAGAGAGGUAGCUGGCUAAGCUCCAGCACACCGGACUACUCGCCGCCCUCAGCACCUCAUAGCGGUCCUAAUACGCCUGACUAUUACCGCCCCGGCCCAUGGGCAUACGCCAACCCGCCGCCACCAUAUUCCCGUGGCUGGGUUGUCCCACAGCAAUACUUUACUCCAACUACUCGAUCGCAACCGCCUUCAUACCAUCAUACCCCAUCCUACACACACGCAUUUUCGCCAACUGGAUGGACUGGUCAUGGUUCGUCGUGUGGCUGUCUCUAUUGUGCAAAACACCAAGGGCAUUUUCUAAGCACAGUGGCUUUUGGUGUUCAGCCUGUUGCGGGUUAG